AAAACCUGGUAACUUACUGUGUUGUCAAAACAAUAUGGUCCCAUUUUCCGCAUCAAACUGGGAUUCCAGGAAAUGGUGGUGCUGACUGGCUAUGAGACGGUCAAAGAGGCUCUGGUGAACCAGGCGGAUGUAUUUGCUGAGAGAGCUGCCAUCCCCCUUUUUGAGGAAUUUGCAAAGGGCUCUGGUGUUGUUUUUUCUAAUGGUGAGAAUUGGAAAGUGAUGCGACGGUUCACGUUAUCCACAUUACGGGACUACGGAGUGGGCAAGAGGACCAUUGAAGACAAAAUCACUGAAGAGUGUAGUGUUUUGAUGAAGAGAAUUAAGACUUAUGCAGGAAAACCAUUUGAGGUCACCACCAUUAUGUCUGCUGCUGUUUCCAACAUCAUAGUUUCUAUUCUACUUGGGAAGCGCUAUGACUAUAAAGAUCCCACAUUUCUACGACUACUGAAGCUAUUUAGUGAAACUAUUCGGCUUUCGGCAACCCCUGCUAUAUUGCUUUAUAACCUGUUUCCCAUGCUGGGGGUCCUUUUGGGUGCUCGUAAAACAGCAAUUAAUAAUAGAAAGGAAGUCCAUGAUUUCAUACAGGCCACCUUUAUAGAACAUCUCAAAGACCUUGAUGAAAAUGAUCAGAGGAGCUUAAUUGAUUCAUUUCUUGUUCGGCAAAGAGAGGAAAAUAAGACAAUGACAAAUGGUGGAUAUUUCCAUAAUGAAAACCUUAAAGCUCUUGUAGCUGACUUAUUUGGUGCUGGUACAGAAACGUCUGCAACCACACUGCGCUGGGCCAUACUCCUGAUGAUGAAAUACCCAGAAAUUCAGAGUAAGCACUUUCAUUUCAUUGGCUUGUAA